AUGACGGCUACUGGGGAGAGCCAGUUUGUCGCGGUAUCUGAACUCGCUCAAGGCGAUAAUCCUGUUGUACACGUUGAAUCACUUUGUUUGCGAUGCGAGAAACAGGGCGAAACGCGGCUUCUCCUUGUGCGCAUACCGCACUUUCGGGAAGUACUUGUGUCCUCUUUCAACUGUCCAAACUGUGGCUGGCGAGACAGCGGCGUUCAAGAAACUGCGGAAAUAGGUGAAACUGGGGUUUGCUACGAACUGGCGGUACGGACGCCAGCUGAUCUUCAACGAACAGUAGUGUUGUCGGCGUACGCUUCGGUGCGCGUGCCCGAACUGGAGCUCGAGGCACCAGCUAGCGGCCGUGGGCGUUUUACCACUGUCGAGGGCCUGGUUACCCAGAUGGUAGACGAUCUUAGAAGUUAUGUGAACGAGUGUGACAAGUUAAGCGAGGACGAAGCAGGGAAACUCCGCGUCGUCGUUUCCAGACUUGAAGCGUUCGCCGUCGACGGCGAGGGUUUCCACAUCAUCGUCGACGACCCCGCAGGCAACUCGUUUUUGGAUAUUCUGGACGCAGAUGGCAAACCCUGUAGCUCUGGGACUAUGAGGCGGUACCCACGGACGCAUGAAAUGAAUGUUCGUUUGGGUCUCAGUGUGGAUGAGGAUGCUGAACUCAAUGGACGGACCUCGCGCACCUUCGAUCAAGCCAGCGCGGACGGCCAGCUCACGGCAGUGGACGAUGCAGCAAGUACACGCGACGCCGCACCUGAUUUCUCUCGAAGAGAAGUGCUUCGAAUCUCCACAGAAUGUCCCGCUUGCGGAAAAAUGGGAGAAAAUCGCAUUCACGAAACCAACAUUCCACAUUUCCGCGAUAUUCUACUCAUUGCAUUUACCUGUGAGCACUGUGGGUUCAAAUCUACAGAAGUGAAACCGAGCGGCCAUUGUGCUGAAAAGGGUCAACGGAUCACGCUGCAUGUGCAGAGUCGCGAGGACUUUUCGCGAGAUCUCAUCAAGUCAGACACGGCGCGACUGGUGAUACCGCAAGUGCAUCUCGAAUUAGAGCCGGGCACACUGGGCUCCAAAUUCACCACCGUAGAGGGCAUUGUGCGAGACGCACGGGAGGCUCUCGGGGACUUGCGUCGAUUUGUACAGAGCGAGGACUUCAAGCCCGACGAGGUUCGACAGCAGCAGGAGCGCUUCCAAGAUUUUCUUCGUCAGCUUGAUAUGCUGCUCGACGCACCGAAUCCUCAGUUCGAUCUCAUUUUAGACGAUCCGCUCGGUAAUAGUUACAUUCAGAAUCCUUGUGCUCCGAAUGUUGAUCCCCAGCUAGAAAUCGAGGAGUAUGAACGCACACCGGAGAUGAACGAGGCACUCGGGAUUGUUGCUCCUGCCGAAGGAGCCGGCCGCUAA